GGCUACCUUUUUAGCAUUAUCUUCGUCUGCAAGCUAUCUUGCACGAGCCAAUCUGAUGGCAGUCUGGUGGCCACAGCUCGCGCAGUUGUCGGCAUGCGACAAAUUUCUGGCGACUCCAUCAACUGCUACUUGCAUCAGGUUUACUUGACAGACAAUAGCAGCCUGGAGACAAGUCGCAUCGACUGCGCACAACCUUCAGGAUGAGUACAACAGCGGAUAAAAUCAAAGACAUCGAAGAUGAAAUGGCCAAGACGCAAAAGAACAAGGCCACAGCCAAGCAUCUCGGUCUGCUCAAAGCCAAAAUCGCCAAGCUCAAGCGUGAGCUCAUCAAUCCUUCAUCAGCAGGUGGAUCUGGCCCUGGUGCAGGCUUCGACGUGGCAAGAACAGGUGUUGCUAGCGUCGGCUUUCUAGGCUUCCCCAGUGUCGGCAAAUCUUCACUUAUGUCCAAACUGACGGGUACCUUUUCAGAAGCGGCAGAUUAUGAGUUUACGACGCUCACUGCUGUUCCUGGUGUGCUACACCAUAAUGGCGCAAAGAUCCAGAUUAUCGACUUGCCGGGCAUUAUUCAGGGUGCAAAGGACGGCAAAGGUCGUGGAAAGCAAGUCAUUGCUGCUGCGCGCAGUUGUCAGCUCAUCUUUCUUGUGCUUGAUGUAUUGAAACCAUUGACGGAUAAGAAGAUUAUCGAGGAGGAACUCGAGGGCUUUGGCAUUCGUCUUAACAAGCAACCGCCCAAUAUCACCUUCAGACGGAAGGAGCGUGGAGGACUCAACAUCUCUCACACGGUGCCGCUUACCAACAUUGAUCAAGAUGAGAUCAAGGCUGUCUGCAGCGAGUACCGCAUCAACUCUGCGGAUAUUGCCUUCCGAUGCGAUGCAACAGUGGAUGAGCUGAUUGAUGUGAUUGAAGGCAACCGCAUCUAUAUGCCAUGCAUCUACGUGCUCAACAAGAUUGAUCAAAUCUCCAUUGAAGAGCUGGAUCUGAUUUACCGUAUUGAACACUGUGUUCCCAUCAGUGCGAAAGAAGGCUGGAAUUACGAUGAACUGCUGGACACGAUGUGGCGAUACCUUGAUUUGGUUCGCAUCUACACAAAGCCCAAGGGCAAGCAACCCGACUACUCUGAUCCUGUCGUACUCAAGCGGACAGCCUGUGGCAUGGAAGAUUUCUGCAAUGCCAUUCACAGAAGUAUCUUCAAGCAGUCUCGCCAUUUUUACGUUUGGGGUACGAGUGUUCGACACUCGCCGCAAAAGGUCGGCGCUACACAUCAAUUGGAGGAUGAAGACAUUGUGACGAUUGUCAAGCGCUAGUGGAUAUUUGUAGUUCAUGUAAGCAGCCUGGUCACGACGCAGAUGCCGUUGUCUUAAGCUUAAGCUUUUUUCAUGAUCAGGGCUCCGCGCACAGACGUCUUGAGGUAAGACCUUCCGUUGUGUCGGAUAACUGCCAAGUAGCUCACGCUCCUCCUGACUGCAGGAGCGAGACGACAUCCGUAUUAACCUCAGCUUCCUUGCUCCUCGACAACGCAUGCAUUGCGACGAAGUUGGCACUUCAGGG